UGGGAUUAGAGAAAAAAUGGCCAGUGGUUAUACAGAGGAGUUUUUCUAUGGCAGUACUCCAGUGAGAAAUGAUGAACUUCCCCCUCCCUAUGGGGAUUUCAUAUUCCGUCCCCCAACCAGACGACCAAUUGUUAAAACCUCAAAGAGCUUUAAAGACAAGAAACCUAAGAAUAAGGGCAAAGGUCCCCCUUCUAGAAUGUACGCCACUGUCAGAGAUCCAAGAAUAGUGCCUGGCAGGGAUCCAAGAAUUGGACCUGGACACCCUUUGAUACACCCAGACUUUAUCACCCCUCAGAAAUUGAUUCCAAAGAUUGUACCCCCUCAACCAAAGCCAGUCAAGCCUGCAAGAUCCAAGAGCUUUAAUGACAACAAAAGAAUUGCAGAACAGAAAGUAAAGAUGGUAGAUGCAUCUAGGACCUACAGGUGCCAGAGCUUCCCUGUUUCUGAUAAUAACUCAGAGGACCAUGGAGUUCGAGGGUUUGAUUUACCUCAGAAGGUACCUUACCAUCCAAAGCAAAGGUUAGGACUCCAUGAAGAGCUAUUUCAUCCACCAUCCAAUCUCCGAGAACCUUCCUCACCCCCCUUUUAUAAUGUCGGCCCACAACAAGGCCUGCUUUUUGGUAGGCCCUCAGGAAAUGUGGGAUACAAUAGGAUGUAUGUGCCUUCUAAUGAAUCUGGUACCAGCUUAACUCUGACGGAGCUGAACCAGUCAGAAGAUGAAGAAAACGCUGUACCAGAACAAAAACCUCAGAAGAAGAAAAGCACAGUCAGACAAAUUCUAAGCAGUCUGUUUUCAUCAAAGAAAUCCAGUGUCCAACCUCCUUCUAAAUCUGAGAGAAAGAAGUGCAAAGAAGAAAUAAGACCUGUUGCAAAAUCACUGUCCAGCGAGAUAACUAAAGAGGAAAACACUGAGGAGAAGAAUGCAAGUAUUGCAGCCAGUUCAUCUGUAGAAGUGGAAGACUCCAUUAAAACUAGUGGCAAAACUGGUAGACUAAGUGCAAAGAUCACGCAUCAAAAUGAGAAACAAGAUCAAAUUAUUCUGGAACUGAAAAAGAAAAACAGCUGCUCUGGAAAAGAUGACGUAGGAGCAGGACAAGAAGAGCAUGGAGAACAAAUAGAAAUGAAAGGAGAAGACAAAGCAAAAGUAGAAGGAACAGAUAAAAGGGAAUGUUAUAAUGGUGUCCAGGAGGUUGCUAGACAAUCUGACAUUGUGGACACAAGGAAAGCGUCCAAUGGCACUGGGGAAAAGUUGAAGAAGUCCCACUCAGUACCUAGUGAUCUGUUCAAAAGGAAAAGCAGGAAGUCAGAGAAUGUGUCUGGAAAUGAGGUCUUUCAUAAAGCUGAUGUGGAAUUUUCAAAAUCAUUGGGAGAGUUCAUUCGUAUGAAUCAACAGAAAAAUGAAUCUGACUUGAAUAACACAGAAGGGACUGUAAGAAAUAAACAGAAUGAUUCACCAGGUAUUUCACAGCCGGAUUGAAAUUGGACCAAUAGAGAGAAGUUACGGAUGUAUUCAUCAUCUUGAUGAAUUUUUUAUGACUGUCUCCAAUAUCUUCAUUUGUUGGAAUUUGAUAGCAUUUUCACCCUUAAAUCAGACCUGAUUGUUAUAUCUGCUUUAUGUUGAAUCGAUAAUGUGCAUACAAAAUAUCUCAUUCUUAUAUCAUAUUCCUGUUAUUUUAUUGGGAAUGUCUUCAAAACCAGUGCUAAGACACAUUUCUUUGGAUGUUAGUGGACUGAAGGAAUAAAUGAAUCACAGCAGAACAAUAAACUGAAGACAAAAUAAUAAAGAAGUGUGUGUUUUAGAAGAAAAGACUUGGAAAAGGAGAUAGGCAAAUAAAGUCUGCAUAUCGCCUAUAAUAGCUUCAGAUGUAUAAAAGUCAUGCUGUAAACCAACUUUUAUUCACGUUAGAGAAUAUUCGCAAGUUUUGCAACAUACUUGAAAUGUUGAAUAUUAAUUGCCAUGAACCAUUUAUUUUGCUUUGUAUUUAUAAUGAAUGUUUCCCCAGUCACAAAGUUAAUCG